CGAUAAGGCAUUCAAUAAAGGCAAUGUCGGCUGCGACAUUUUUGCUCUCGCCCAGUUCUCGCGGUUUCUCGUUUGGUGCGGGAUUUCAACGUUUCCGUGCUAGGCGAUCAAGCAGGCGACAAAGAACUGCGACUUUUAGUCUGAAGUUGAAGAACAAAAAUCUACAGGAGCGUGAGAUAAAAAGAACCGAAAAUGUUACGACUGGCUGUUUUCUGUAUAGUGCUCGUGGUCAUACGGGCUCAAAGUUUCGACCCCAAUGCCAUGAACGGGUUCGGGUCCAGUAGCGGCGGGUCGGCCGGAGGCGGAAGUAGCAGUGGUGGGUUCGACACCUCUGGUGGAUUCGGAGCCUCCUCGGGCGGAGACGCCAGUGGCGGCUUUGGCGGAAGUGGUUUCGGGAGCUCCGCGGGCGGAAGCAGCAGUAGCAGUGGCGGGUUCGAUACAUCUGGUGGCUUCGGCAGCUCAUCCGGUGGAGACGCUAGUGGAGGUUUUGGCGGUAGUGGAUUUGGGAGCUCGUCUGGCGGAGACGCCAGUGGGGGUUUCGGUGGCAGCGGAUUUGGCAGCUCUUCUGGUGGAGACGCCAGCGGAGGAUUCGGCGGCAGCGGAUUUGGGAGCUCUUCUGGUGGAAGCAGCAGCAGUUCCGGUGCAGCGGCAUUUGGGAGCGCCACUGGUGGGUCCUCUUCAGGUGGUUUUGGAGGCGGAGAUGCAAGCAGCGGUGGAUUCGGCGGAAGUGGCUUCGGGAGCUCGGCUGGUGGUGACGCAAGUGGAGGGUUUGGCGGAAGUGGAUUUGGUAGCUCCGCUGGUGGUGACAGCAGUGGUGGUUUUGGAGGAGCAAGCUCCGGAGGCGACGCCAGCGGCGGCUUCGGCGGAAGUGGUUUCGGACAAAGCAGCGGUUCCACUUCUUCUUCCGGAAAGGAUGCAAAUGGCGGCUUCGGAGGUUCCUUCGACCCCAACGCUAUGGGUAGCUUCGGCGGCUCAGGCGGUGGGGCCUCUUCCAGUGGGGGCUCUACCGAUGGCUCUUUCGAUCCGAACGCGAUAAACGCGAACUUCGGAGGCUCCGGCGGUGGUUUCGGAUCAGGUUCCGGUUCCGGCUCUGGCGGAAGCAGCACCGGUGGCUCAUUUGACCCGAACUCCUUUGGAGGAAAGAAAUAGAGUCAAAACAUCAAACAAUAUAUAUGAAAUCGAUGUUACCGCAUAAUGUUGCAUGUGUUGUACUGGUCUUGUUUUUAAAUUAAAAUAAAGAGAUAUUUUCAAAAAUG